CUCACGAGUCAUGGUGCAUUGUGGGUGCAUUGUGCAGCAGCUUUGUGCUACACAACUUGACUAGGGGAUGAGGAUCUGGGUCCUUCCGCUGCAUAAAGGUGCACGUGAGCUGUUGCUGGUGCAUGAAUGCCAUUGCUCUAGAAGGGGCUGCUUUGAAAGCUUUUCUUACAUCAGAAGCUUUGGAAACGCUUUGCACGGAUGAGAGUGCCGUGCUCUGGGGUCGAGUCAAGCUGCAAGUGCUGCAGUUGGUUGCAAAAAUGCUUGUAAAAGCAUGGUGAAGGUGUUGUGACGCUAUUUUAGCCGGAUUCUCUGAAGAGAGAGAAGAUGAAGCAGAAUUUGGAGACUUUGAGGGCAAACCAGCCUCGAGUGGAAGCAAAGGGGCAAAAAGGAUUCUACGGAAGCCUCCACUCUCAGGAAGCGACUUAUUCGCUCCUAGAGGCCUUUGAGGCUUCAGUCAAUAUGUCAAACACGUUGGACCAGAUCCGCUCCAAGCUUCAAGCUCCAUUCCCAAAACCUCCAUCAAACCCUCCAGUAGGAGGUCCAAUCUCGGUCAUGAGUCCAACGCCAGAGGCCAACCAGGACAGGCUACAGCUUCGGAUCAUGAAGCCAUCAGAAUGCAAACCAAGGUUUCUCGUGGUUGGGCGGACCAAACCGGGAUGAAGUUUCGGGCGAGCUUGCCCUCAACGAGGACGACAUGCAGGAGACCUUAAAGGGCAAGUACAACCGUCUAGCUUUCAAGAUGGUAAUGGGCGGCGCUUACGCCUGGAGCCUAUGCGCGCUUGUUCCGACGUACUCGCGUACUACGUCCGGGUGGGGGAGCUUUACUGGCCGGGCCAGAAAAUGAGCUCGACCAACGUGGGCCGCGACCGAGAGGUGCAGCGCACGUACGAGCAGAGCCUCAUCGAACACAAGAGCAACCACGGCCUUAACUACGCCCAACUCGUGAAAAAGCGGUCCUUCCCCAAAGACCUAGAUACGGCCCCGAGCUCGGAUAAGGCUGGGAGGACGCGAGCACGAGAGCAGCGAGGGCGGCAGCGACAGCAAACCGAGGACUGACAGCAUGUCCUGUUCAGCGGCCAAUAACGCAAACGGCGGAGGAGUCUUUCGAGGCUCUUUCCUUUCCCUAAUGAACAAGCUUACCAAGUUCUGCUUUUGACUGGCAGGAUGAGUGGUCAAUCAUUGACCUGCCUGUGCAAGCAGAGGGACUACUUCGGAUGGUCUCCGGUUAAAAAUUAGGGUCGGUUUACGUUGCGAAAUUGGCACGCCAUAAGACCGGUUCUGCUUGAGGAUGGUAAGGCUUGGAUAGCUCGAGAAGGCUUAGGUUUUGGCUUGUGCAGCAUUGAGCAGUCCCGUUGCCAUCAGGUUCGAGGGUCCGGGCAGAGACUACCGGCCGUCCGACAAACCUCUUGUGCAAAUUCAGCACGCCAGCUUGGUUUGGCGACUGAUACUUUGACACUCAGACGGAACUUCGUUCUGGUGACAUGCAUGCUGGCCGUCAGUCCAAGAGGAUUCACAAUAUUAUUUGAGC